AUGACACUAAAAAGGACAGCUUUGGUUUUAUUUUAUCUUCUUUGGAUUACAUCUGUUUUUAUUACCGCUGUGCCUGUUGAAAAAUCUACGGCCCUGAUCAAUCGUAAGCCUAAAUUACUGAAUCCAGCGGACUACAACCUUGGGAUUUUAGCAGGAGAAGCUAUUUCCACGGGAAGCCUUCUACCUUUAGUUUUACCGAUCUUGGCUCAAAGCUUUGCUAACGGAAUUAGCAAUCUCUCUAAAUACCUAAAGAUUGUUUCCUUUGCUAUUGGUAUUUUAUAUGUGAUCUAUAUCAUCGCUGCUUGGAUCUCUCCUGGUUUUCUCGAAACUCCGGUCUUCCGAUCUUCCAGCGAAGCAGCGAAUAACUUCGUGUACGAAAUAACCAGAAAUAUGAAUGACGUCGACGUGAUCGAGAAGAUCAUGCAGUACCUAAACAUCAAAGAUAGAGAAUGUCAAAAAAGGGGUGUUUGUGAAGUCGGAGAGUACCUGGUAAAUAGAUUCCCCUUACUCUUCACCAUAGGUCAAUUCUUUGGAUCCAGAAUUCCGGCUUUGGCCAAGUACUCCGACCUUUUGUUUCACCCACCUAGAAAUCCUUCCUGUGGCUCCUUUUUCCCCACGUGUCCCAAUUCGCCUUGGAAGAAAUUAUUUUAUUAA